GUUUGUGUUCAGUGUGUUGGUAGUAUAGCAACAGGGCACGAUAAGAUUGUACUGCUGUCGGAAAGUACACAAAAGAGAGAAUAUAUCUCUCUAAUAGCAGCAAAGAUGACGGAUGUCAACAUGGAGUUGAAUAUUAACCCAAAGGAGCAGCAGUUCAUUUCUGCAAAAUCUUAUCUCCUCACUGCCAGCACAGACACAGGGUUGAACUUGUACGACCAUCUAAGCCGUGUUCUUUCAAAAGUUCUUGAUGAAAGACCAAACAAUGUCGUGGAUGUCUUUGAAGAUGUCAGUAAAGAUUCAAAAAGAUCCAAAUUUUCAUCAGAUGUUGACACAGUGAGAGAUAAACUUGACCAAUCAACAGAAGUUGCUUUAGCCAAAGUGCAAGAAAAAUUGUUUGCUAAAGAGGGAGGUGAAGACAAUGAACCAGAAGAAAGUGAAGAACUCGAGACUCCUCUUCCAAAUAUCAUGGAACUUUGUUUUUUCUUUGAACAAGCUGGAAUUGGUUUGAACCGCGAAGAAAUGAUUCGUGUCUGGUUAGCUUUGAAAAAUUUAGUGGACACUCAUGCACUUUCACAUGUUAGAUUCUGGGGGAAAAUAUUUGGAACUGAACAGAAUUAUUAUGUGGCAGAGGUGGAAUACAGAGAUGGGGAUGAAGAGGAAGAAGAAGAGGAAGAGCCUGAAGAACAACCCGAAGAAGAAGCAACAGACAAAGAUGGUGAUGAAGAGGGAGAGGAAGAACAAGAGGAGGAUGACACGCCAAAACCAGAUUUCAAGCCCCCACCAGAGAUCCCCAAAGAGGAAAAUAAAGCAGGAACAAACAAGAAAACAUAUUUUGUUUGUAAUGAUCCUGGUAAACCUUGGAUAAAGCUACCAGCAGUAACACCAGCACAGGUGCAGUCUGCCAGACUUAUCAAGAAGUUCUUCACUGGAAGGCUGGAUGCCCCAGUAGUCAGCUAUCCCCCAUUCCCAGGCAAUGAGAUUAACUACUUGAGAGCCCAGGUUGCCCGUAUUAGUGCUGGUACUCAUGUGUCACCUAUGGGUUUCUACCAAUUUGAGGAAGAUGAGGAGGAAGAGGAGGAAACUGAGGGUCGCAAUGACUGCGUCAUCAAUGUGGAUUUUGAGCCAGUGUCAUUACGAGAUUUGUGUGAUGGUUCUCUGCAACACUGGGUCCACCAUGUACAACAUAUUCUGCCUCAGGGUCGCUGUGUUUGGGUCAAAGUGGGCCAGGAAUCCCCUGAGGAGGUUGAAGAUGAAGAUGAAGAGGAGGAGCGAGAGGAACCUGAUGAACCAGAGCCAGAAGUAGGACCUCCACUUUUGACACCCUUGUCAGAGGAUGCAGAAAUUGGAAACCUUCCCCCAUGGACCCCAAAAGUAUCCUCCAAACUGAUUCCUCAGUAUGCUAUUUCAGUUCUUCACUCCAACCUGUGGCCUGGUGCUCAUGCAUUUGCAGCCGGAAAGAAAUUUGAGAACUGUUACAUUGGCAAUGGUCACAAGUAUAGCAUGGACAACUACAACCCACCACAGACUGCUCCCAUCCAGGAGGAAUUCCCCAGUGGCCCAGAAAUCACAGAGGCUGAAGACCCAACUGUAGAGGAGGAGAAUGCCCUCAGGAAUGCCCAACAGGAAGCAGCUGAGGCAGCAGAGGAAAUGGAGGAAGCAGAGGAAGAAGAGGAGGAAGAUGAUUAAACAGGGGCAGUAAUCUUAUCAUGAAAAGUGAAAUUUGAUGAAAAGCAUGCUUAUGGAGCUUUAUUGUUGACUGAGGACUUUAUGGAAGUUUAAAUUAUUUGCAAUCUGUUCCAUGUUCAUAUUUCAUACAUUGAUUAAAAUGGAAAGAAGUUAAAAAUGGACAUCACUUGUGAAUACUUUGUAAAAAGUUUGUACAUGUAUAUAUUGGAUAUACUAAGUAAACUAUGAUUUCUACUGAG